AUGGAGGAGUCAAUAAGUUUCCGAGCGUUGCUCUUCUGUUCCUUCGCUUUUCUCCUUCUCUUCAUCUUGAAGUUAGUCGCUCGAAACCAUGCAAGCCCUAAAAGCCGGAAACUCCCACCAACUCCUCCUUCUCUUCCCAUUUUAGGUCAUCUCCACCUACUCAAAGAACCACUUCACCUCACCCUGCACAACCUCUCGGAGAAGUACGGCGCCGUCUUGCUCCUCAAAUUUGGCGUGCGCAACGUCCUCCUGGUCUCCAACCCAUUGGCAGCCGAAGAGUGUUUCACGAAGAACGACAUCAUCUUUGCCAACCGCCCUCGCACCAUCGCUGCGAAACACUUGAACUACAAUUGGACCACCAUGGGGUUUUCGUCUUACGGCAACCACUGGCGCAACCUCCGACGUUUCACCACAAUGGAAAUGUUCUCCUCGGCCCGUGUCGCGAUGUUGUCCCAUGUUAGGCAUGAUGAAGUUAGCAGAUUGGUGAAAGAACUAUUUCAAGAGUCGAAGCAAAGGUGGACGAAGGUGGAAAUGAAAACAAAAUUAAGCUCAUUCACCUUUAAUAUCAUGAUGAGAAUGAUCGCAGGAAAGAGGUACUGCGGGAAAGAUGUCAUCAGCGAAGAAGCCACAGAAUUUCGCCGUAUCAUGUCAGAUUCCCUGGAGCUUCAAGGCAGCGCGAACAUUGGCGACUAUUUGCCAAUCUUCCAAUGGAUAGAUUGUCAGGGUUUGGAGAAGCGGGUGAUCAAAGUGGCGAAGCGAAUGGAUCGAUUUUGCCAGUAUUUGGUUGACGAAGGUAGAGGAAAAAUGAAAGAGUGUACCCAGAAAGACAGGAAGAUGACCACAUUGAUUGAUGUUAUGUUAUCCUUGCAAGAGAAGGAACCGCAUAUCUACACUGACCAAAUAUUAAAGGGUGCCAUAGUGGAAUUGCUUGUUGCCGGCACCGAGACUUCAUCAGCCACCCUUGAAUGGGCAAUGUCUCUUCUCGCGAACAACCCAGAAAAACUUGAAAAAGCUCAAGAUGAGAUUAAAGCUCACGUCCAACCAGACCACCUUAUCACCGAACAAGACCUACCAAACCUUAGUUACCUCCAAAACAUUCUCCAUGAGACAUUGCGGUUGUUUCCACCAACGCCACUUUUAGUACCCCAUCUAUCAUCAAGUGAUUGCAAUGUUCUGGGGUAUCACGUGCCCAAAGGCACCAUGUUACUGGUGAACCUGUGGACUAUUCAGAGAGACCCUAAGCUGUGGGAGGAGCCAACAAUAUUUAUACCAGAGAGAUUUGGAGGUGAUCAAGGAGAAGGUUACAAUGGUACGUUCAAGUUUCUUCCAUUCGGUUCCGGAAGGAGAGCCUGCCCUGGAGCUAAUUUGGGAAGAAGAAUGAUUGAACUGGGAUUGGGGGCAUUGAUCCAGUGCUUUGAGUGGAAGAGGAUUGGGGAAGAGGAGAUCAACAUGGAUGGAGGGACAGGGCUCUCGAUGCCGAAAAAGGAUCCUCUUGAGGUUCUCUGCAGAUCGAGUGAAUCCAUGACUCAUGUGCUCUCCAGAAUGUAUGAGAGUUGA